AUGCCUAAAACAGGGCUGAAGGAAAAGACCAAGCGGUCGACCAAGCAGGCUUCGCUCGAGACAGCCAAGUUCCGCCCGGAAGAUUCAGAUGUCGACAUGAAUGACGAAACAAGCUCUGAUGAGGAGAGUGAGGCUGAGAAGGAUGAGGCCGAGAAGAAGCUUGAGCGCAUGCUCUUCGGUGACGAUGAGGGGUUCAUGGGUGCAUUGAAGAACCAACAAGCCCGUGAGGCCGGCAUGGCUCUUACUCUGCACAGCGACGAUGAAAGUGGAGCCGAUGAAGAUGCUGAAGAAGACCAAGAAGCCAUUGAUGGAAUGGCCGACUCAGACCUUUUCUUCCUUGACUCCGGUGCCCCCGCCACCACAGAUAUCACUCCCUCCGAAACCUCUGAUGCCGAAGAAGAGGAUGAAGAAGAAGCCGAGGCCGCCGUGUGGUACGACAGUGACGACGACCGCCUCGCCGUAUCGCUAGCAAGCCAGGCCCGCCUGCGCAAACUGCGCACCACCGAAUCGGAAGAUGUAGUCAGCGGCAAGGAAUACAUUCGACGCCUGCGCAGACAGUUCCAGCAACUGCACCCCACACCCGAGUGGGCUACCCCCGAGCUCGCAUCGAAGCGCCGCAAAACCGACUCAGACCCGGAAAGCGAUAUGGAGUCGGACGAUGACAACGAGCAGCUGUCUACGCAGCCCUUGGCCAAGAUCCUCCAGAAUGCCUCCGACCUAACCCGCAUAGAAGACAGUGCAAAGUCAGGCAGCAAGCGCAAGUUGCGCCAGGAGGUCCUGGACAUCCAGAGACUGAAGGACGUCGGCAAAGCGCAACCAUCCUCCGUCGACUCUUUGACCUUCCACCCUCACUACCCCCUCUUGCUCUCCUCCGGACCAGCCUCAACCCUCUUCCUGCACCACAUCUCCCCCUCCGCACCCGCACCAAACCCCCUCCUAACCUCCCUGCACAUCAAGCGCACACCAAUCCACACAUCAGCCUUCGCCCCACCAACAGGCAACAAGAUCUUUGCCUCUGGUCGUCGCCGCUACUUCCACAUCUGGGAUCUGGACACAGGAAAAGUGGACAAAGUAAAUGGCUCCUCAGACCGCAAAAACGAACAAAAAUCUAUGGAACGUUUCAAGCUCUCGCCCUGCGGCCGGUACAUCGGCCUAGUCGGCACAUCCCGCAAAGGAGGCGGCCUAAUCAAUAUCCUCGACGCAAACACAGCGCAAUGGACCGCACAAGUACGGGUCGACGGCCGCGGCGGCGUAGCUGAUUUCGCCUGGUGGUCCGACGGCGAGGGAAUGACAGUAGCAAGCAAGAAUGGAGAAGUAUCAGAAUGGGACGGACGACUCGGCCGGGUCGUCGCGCGCUGGGUUGACGCCGGUGCAGUGGGCACAACAGUAUUGGCGCUGGGCGGACGAUCAGGCCGUACCCAUUUUGGCGGUGAUCGCUGGGUCGCGAUUGGGUCCUCUAGUGGUAUUGUCAAUAUCUACGAUCGACGCGAAUGGGCCGCGGCGUAUGCCAAUGCUUCUGCUGCGGAGCGUGAGGAUGCCGCUCAGGUUGGAAUCCCGCGUGCGCCUAUGCCUACGCGUGUUUUGGAUCAGCUUACUACGCCAAUCAGCCAUCUUGUUUUUGCGCCAGAUGGGCAGAUGAUGGCUAUGGGUAGUCGGUGGAAGCGUGAUGCUCUUAGACUUGUUCACCUUCCUACUUGCACCGUUUACCGUAAUUGGCCUACUUCUAACACGCCUCUUGGUCGGAUUUCCUCUGUGGCUAUCUCGCCUAACGGAGAACAGCUGGCUGUUGCUAAUGAGCAGGGCAAUAUCCGUAUGUGGGAGAUUCGGGGGUAG